AUGUUGAAGUAUGAUGUGAAUCCCCGCCGUCAUGGCACUUUGAUUAAAAUUCUCAGUGACUUUCGAGCACUGUUUACGAGAACAUUUCUGUUAACAAUACGAAAACCUGGCCAGACGAUUGCCGAGAUUUUGUUAGCUUAUACGUUUAUGGGCUUUCUUCUUGGCAUGCGUUACAUUCUUGACCGACGAUACUAUGGUCCCUAUCGGGUAGCUCGCUUUCGCCCAUAUGACAAUUUUGCAAUCCGUAAUACAGAUAAAUAUAUUCUAUACUAUCCAGAAAAUGCAUGUACGACGAACAUUGUUACUGGGCUGUUGAAUAAUCUUACAUCUACACUGCCAAAUUUCACAAAUACCAUUCAACCAGUAUCGGAUCCAACUUUGGCAACAGUACCGAACUCAACUAUACAGUCAUUGAUUGCUUAUAUUGAGUUUACCAAUCUCGGUUCAUGCACUGGCCCAUCAACAGUGCCCGACGAGGUUAAAUACACUUUGCGCAUGCUCGAGAGCAGCCCAUACUAUUACUCUCCUCAAGAUGUGAAGAUAUCCGAGAACGAUUACAUGUGGAAACGAUCUCCUCAAGAUUUUUGUCAAGCUACUGGUAAUACAGUGAACUACUUCUAUCGAUUCCUCGGUAUACAAUACGUUGUUGAUAUGGCUAUCAUUAAGUAUGUCACAAAUACGACGGAAAACUUUACGUCCAGUUUAUAUCUCAAUCAUUUCGGUUGUCCGGCCUACUAUAUGGAUCAAUUACAUUCAUUCUAUGGAUUCUUCAUCCCGAUAUUUUUUUCCUUCAUCUUUGUUGUCACCUUCAUUAUGAAUGUUGGAUACGUUGUCGAAGAGAGAGAAAACAAAACGAAAGAAUAUCUUCGAAUCUACGGUCUUCGUACGUGGAUUAAUAAUUUAGUGUGGGUUACUCGGUCAAUGUCUAUAUACCUGAUUCUGACAAGUGUAGUCACGGCUUUAAGUAUGACAGUUUUACCAAGUGCCAACUCACGACCUGGUCGUGUCAGUAAAGCAUUAUUCAACUACACACAUUGGACAGUUAUCUGGAUAAUCUUGUUUGUUUAUUCCAUCCAAGUAUCGGCGUUUAGUGUUCUCUUUGGGCAAUUUUUCAAACGACCAUUACUGGCCAAACUCAUUGGUUUUGUGGUAUGGGUUAUUACUUUUAUUGAUUUUUAUCCCGGUGUGUCAGCUGUCACUCGUUAUAUUUUAUGUAUUUUUCCCAACACAAGUUUAAUGUUUUGUCUAGAAAUUGUUCUUCAGUAUGAACGCAACGGAGCUAAAGUAACGACGCUCAGUCAGUUCUAUUCCAAUAUCUUUCCAUAUCCAUUGUAUAUUGGCGUAUGUCUUCUUGUCAUGUUGCUCUAUUCUGUCGUCUAUUUAUUGUUGGCUAUCUACGUCGAGAGAGUAAAUCCAGGUGAAUUCGGAGUAUCACAAUCGUGGAAUUACCUUUUCAAACAAUCAUAUUGGAAUUCGAAGGCAACGUCGACCGUCGAACCGUUGAGUAAUCACGCGCAGUUUUUGAAUGGUGAUGUGGUAGCUGAGAAGAAUUGUUGGAUUGAAAUGAAUUCAGCCAAGAAGAUGAAAAAUCCAUCACUGACAGUUUCUCAUCUCACCAAAAAAUAUGGUAAAUUCUGUGCCGUAUCAGAUCUAUCAUUGAAAUUCUACAAUGGUGAAGUAUGUUCGCUGUUGGGUCAUAAUGGUGCCGGCAAGACAACGACAACUUUUAUUCUUGUUGGAAUGUUGGAAGCAACAUCAGGUGAAGUCAUCAUUGAAGGAUUGGAUACUCGUCAGCAUAUUCAAGAUGUUCGAAAAAUUCUUGGCUUUUGUCCACAAUAUGAUAUUCUAUAUAAUGAACUAUCAGUGAAAGAACAUUUGGAAUUGGUUGGAAAGAUGCGUCAUAUGACACCAAGUGUAAUGAAAGAAGCUAUCGAUGCCAUUUUACAACUCAUUGGUCUAGUUAACGAUCAAUAUACAUUCUCAAAAAAUCUAUCGGGUGGUAUGAAACGACGGCUGUCCAUUGGUAUUUCGCUGAUGGGCGACCCAAAAGUACUUAUUCUUGAUGAACCAACAAGCGGCAUCGAUCCAUACAAUCGUCGAUUAAUUUGGACAAUCAUUCGAAAAAUGAAAGAAGCAGGCAAAUGUAUCAUUCUUACCACUCAUUUUCUCGAAGAAGCUGAUGUUCUGUCUGACCGUAUCGCCAUUAUGACAAGUGGUCGUUUGCAGGCAAAUGGUACACCUGAUUUUCUCAAAAGUCAAACAGAGUUUGAAUAUCGUCUGUUUAUCGAUAAGCAAGAAACAAGCACCAAUGAACGCGUUCGUAAAUUCAUUGAGCGAUAUAUUCCACAAUUAGUGGUCGAACGAGAAUCGUCAGCAGAGAUGGUAUUUGGCAUCAGACGGACUGAAUCUAAACAGAUAGGUCAAUUGAUUCAUGCAUUGGAAGCAGAGAGAAUGAAUAUUGGCGUGGAAAGUUAUGGAUUAUCGAUGACAACCAUCGAAGAAGUUUUCCUAAGGUUAAUUCAGGAAACAGAAGGCCAAGAGACUGGCAUAAAAGAUCCCAAGUCCUCCAAAGUAGAAUUAGCCGAUCGGGUUUUUCGUACGGAACAUCAACGUCAUACCGGUAUCAAAAGAUUUUGGCUUCGUAUUCUUGCAUUACUUAUCAAACGAUGGCACGUCCUUCGGCGGCAAUAUGUGUUCAUAUUUGGAUUCUUCGUCUUUCCCAUUGUCAUCGAAAUUCUUGCUGUUAGUAUCUUUCCAUCACCGAAGGCUAUUCAAGCAUCGCUUUUGCAAAAUGGCUACGUCAAAGACGCACAAAUAACUCUUCUACCGUCUAUUUACAAUCCACAGACAAUUGUCACGUAUGCGAACAAUAAUGGCAACAAUGUACAAACUCGUCUCACGAAUUAUCUUCAAAGUACCGGUGCGACCAUCGAGGAAAUCUCUACGGAUACAGUACUGACUUAUGUACGUGAUCAAUAUCUCCUUACUAUCGAUGCAUUCGUCAAUAAGUAUCAAAUAGGCUUUGCGGCCUACAACAAUCUCACAUCAGCAGCGCCGUCAUUAACAAUCAACAGUUACUUUUCUACAGUAAAUUAUCACACAAUGCCGGUCUGUCAGAGUGUUGGUUCGACGAAUAUUUUUCAAUUCUAUGCGAAUUCAUCAGCAAAAAGAAUCAUCACGACUAAUAAACCGAUCUUAGUAGCAUCGUCAGGAGCUACGACAUUGGAACGAUUUUUCGACCUUAUCCAUUGCUUCGAUACCUUGCCACUGUCGUUAUUCAAUUUCAUUAAUAGUAUCUCUGCAGCAAUCUUCAUCAGUAUUCUUAUUGUUCCAUUGAUUCAAGAACGUAUCAGUCGCUCAAAAGAUUUGCAACUGUUGACAAACUUGCGCAAGAGAAGUUACUGGUUUUCAAAUACCAUCUUCGAUAUGGGUUUAUGUUUUGUCCUUUGUGCAACUCUAACAAUCAUUAUCAAGAUUGGUGCAGCAGGUAAUCCGGAUCCUGAGUCGGAAGUACAUAUCUAUACUAAGUCAAGUCAAACCUUGUACUUUUUUGUCAUGUUUCUCAUGUACUCAUUGGCGUCAUUACCCAUGAUUUAUGUUUAUUCAUUCAGUCCAAAAUCCGAAUUAAUUGGCUUUAUUAAUUUUUUUGUUAUCAAUGUUGUUGCUUGUCUUCUCGAUAUGGUACUUACUUUUAUGGCUUUAUUCUCACAAAGUCAAUCGUCGAGUAGUGGCCGUCUCACCCGACUAGCAUCUCUGAUGAACAGCAUACGAUGGCUGAUAACAGCUCUGUUUCCCACAGUCAGUCUCAAGCGAGCAUUAUUCGACAUACGUCUGAAAUCCAAUCAAGAAUGUAUUUCAGCUAUUAACUCAAUCAUGAUGACUGGCUAUUCUUAUACCGAGCGAUGGACGUCACUUCGGGAGCCAGGUCUUGGUACUCUAAUUCUUAUAUUUUGUAUUCAAAUGAUAUUUUGGUGGACCAUAUUGACAUUCAUUGAAAAUCGAACCAAUCUGAAGAUAGGCUGUCGUCGAUGCUGUGGUUGUGACAAUGAGAGAGAACAUUUCGAGAAUGAAAAUAAUGGAGAUGGAAUACAAGCAAUGGCACCGGUUCUGUGGAAUGAUAGUCAUCUCGACGAAGAUGUACGAAAUGAAAGACAAGCCGUCCUACAAAAUUCGUUAUCAUCGUCGUCAUCAUCAUCUGUGAUUUUUGUUCGAGAUCUUGUGCAACGAUUCAAAAAACGAAAUAACACUACAUUAUCCAGUCGCAUCUAUACAGCUGUUGAUCAUCUGAAUUUUCGAGUGACAAAACGAUCUUGUUUCGGAUUACUAGGAGCUAAUGGUGCUGGCAAAACAACGACAUUUCGAAUGCUAAUCAACGAUCUCAAACCAACAUCUGGUGAUAUCAUCAUCAAUGGCAAAAAUAUCAACAAAAUAGAACGUGAUCUUGAAAUUGGCUUCUGUCCUCAAUUUGACUGGCUCGUUCACAAUCUCACUGUUGUCGAAACGCUUACACUAUUUGCCAGAUUGAAAGGAAUGAAAUGGUCAGAUAUCUCACAGAUCAGCAGCGAUAUGAUCGAUCUGUUUGGUCUUGAAAUCUAUCGAGAUAGACGAGUGCAAAAGCUCAGCGGUGGAAAUAAACGGAAAGUAAGCGCAGCACUCGCAUUCAUGGCUAACCCAGCUCUUGUGUUUCUUGAUGAGCCAACAACGGGUUUGGAUGCUGCGGCCAAGCGAAAACUAUGGAAUGUGAUUCGAUCAGCUCGUGAUAUUGGCUUGACAAUCAUUCUUACCAGUCACAGUAUGGAAGAAUGUGAAGCAUUGUGUUCAAAAAUAGGCAUAAUGAAACUGGGUCAGUUUGUGUGUCUUGGUAAUUUGCAAAGACUCAAGAAUCGCUUCGGAAAUGGAUAUGCUGUGCAAGUGAAACUACCAUUGCAAGACGUCGCUCAAUUCAAAGAAGAAUUGGUGUUAACAUUGCCAGGUGUUGAAAUAGAUGAACAACACAACGGAGUGCUAUAUUGUACGGUUCCAUUCGCGUCCAUUAAUCGUCUACAGAAUCCGUCCGGUGCACCUUCAUACAAUCUCGCGCAUGUUUUCGACUUAUUCAAUAAGAAAAAGGAGGAGAAGUUAAUCGAAAGUUUUUCCAUAACACAAACAACAUUGGAACAGAUUUUCGUUCACUUGGCUGGUGAAGAUCACACUGUCGAUACCGAUGAUAUUUUCCUAGACGUUUUGACCUUCAUUGAAAGUCAAAGAAAUGUGAAAUUAGGAUGUUGCCGUGACAGCUAUGUAGAACAAAUCGCUAAAGUAAAUGAGUCGGAUAAUGAAAAUAAUGCAUUCAUAUUAGCAUCCAAUCAGGAUAAAAUUUGUAAUCAAACAUCUCUCGUGGCAUUAGCCUCAUGGAAUGGCACAGUAUGCGACUAA